CUCUUCAUAUCAGGUGACCAAAGUAUUGGAGCUUCAGCAUCAGUCCUUGCAUGGUCCCCUGCCCCCUCCAGCACCCUGUGGCCAUGACACAGCGGCUUCUGCUUCUUGUGGCUCUCCUGGUCCUGGGUCAUGUGCCGACAGGGAGAAGUGAAUUCAAACGGUGCUGGAAUGGCCAAGGGGCCUGCCGGACUUACUGCACGAAGUAUGAAACCUACAUGCACCUGUGCCCAGAUGCCACCUUGUGCUGUCUGCCUUAUGGACUCAAGCCUGUCAAGACUGAAAAGGUUUAGCUGGUUCUGGGACUGAUACCCUUGCCCUCCAGUAAAA